AUGGAGGGUGCUUUUACCCACGUCGGCAACCACCUGAUUUCCGACUCGGCCGCUGCCAUCAAUGCUGGCGACGAUGAUCUGUCAGCCCUCGACCACGAUGAGAGCCUGCUGUACGGCAAGUACCCCGGCCGCAAGGGCCUAGGAGCCGCCCGCCGUCGCGACGACGAUGACAACGGCACCGAGGCCGCCUACGACGACGAUGACAUGAGCAUGGCCAGCGUCCCCGUGGGCGCCAUGAAGGAUAUGAGCCUCAGGAACAACCCUGAGGAGGAGAAGGACCUGCCCGCCCACGCCUGCGCCUACUGCGGUAUUCACUCUCCCGGCUCUGUCGUCAAGUGUCUCGCUUGCAACAAGUGGUUCUGCAGCGCCCGUGGCAAUGCUAGCUCUUCGCACAUCGUCAACCAUCUGGUCCGCGCCCGACACAAGGAGGUCCAGCUCCACCCCGAAUCCGCCCUCGGCGACACCAUUCUCGAGUGCUACAACUGCGGCACAAAGAACGUCUUCCUCCUCGGUUUCAUCCCCGCCAAGUCCGACACCGUCGUCGUUCUGCUGUGCCGACAGCCCUGCGCCGCUUCCACCUCGACCAAGGACAUGAGCUGGGACAUCUCCCGCUGGCAGCCUCUCAUUGAGGACCGCGGCUUUCUCCCCUGGCUUGUGUCACCCCCGAGCGACAACGAGCAGCUCCGUGCUCGACACUUGACCCCGCCCAUGAUCGCCCGGCUCGAGGAGAUGUGGAAGGACAACGCCUCGGCCACCGUGGCUGACCUGGAGAAGGCGGCCAGCGUCGACGACGAUCCCCACCCUGUCCUUCUCAAGUACGAGGACCCCUUCCAAUACCAGAACAUCUUUGGUCCCCUCGUCAAGAUGGAGUCCGACUACGACAAGAAGCUCAAGGAGGCCCAGUCUGAGGAUGGCUUGGUCGUUCGCUGGGAUUUGGGGUUGAAUAACAAGCACUUGGCCAGUUUUACGUUCCCCAAGCUUGAGUCUGGCGAUGUGAAGCUCGCCGUUGGUGACGAGAUGCGACUCAAGUACAAGGGAGAGCUUCGCGCUCCCUGGGAAGGUGUUGGUUAUGUGAUUAAGAUUCCUAACAACCAGUCGGACGAGGUCACUCUGGAACUGCGCAAGACGGGCAACGACAAGUCGGUCCCAACCGAAUGCACUCACAACUUCGCCGCCGACUACGUCUGGAAGGCCACCUCGUACGACCGCAUGCAGGCCGCCAUGAAGACCUUCGCCGUUGACGAGAUGAGCGUGUCUGGCUACAUCUUCCACAAGCUGCUCGGCCACGAAGUUGCCGUCGCCCCCAUGAAGACCAACCUGCCUAAGAAGUUCAGCGUCCCCGGUCUUCCGGAGCUGAACGGCAGCCAGAUCAGCGCCAUUAAGAAUGUCCUGUCGACACCCCUGAGUCUGAUUCAGGGCCCGCCCGGUACUGGAAAGACCGUUACCUCCGCUACCAUCAUUUACCAUUUGGCCAAGAUGAACAACGGCCAGGUCCUCGUCUGCGCGCCUUCCAACGUUGCUGUUGACCAGCUCUGCGAGCGCAUCAACCUUACCGGUCUCAAGGUGGUGCGAUUGACCGCCAAAUCCCGUGAGGAUGUCGAGUCCUCCGUCAGCUUCCUUGCCCUCCAUGAGCAGGUCCGCAUGUUGGACUCCAACCCAGAGCUGAUGAAGCUCACGCAGCUCAAGGCCGCCGCUGGAGAGCUCUCGAGCCAGGAUGAGAAGAAAUUCAAACAGCUGACCCGCGCCGCCGAGCGCGAGAUUCUGAGCAAUGCCGAUGUCGUUUGCUGCACCUGUGUCGGUGCUGGAGAUCCCCGUCUCCAGAAGAUGAAGUUCCGUAAUGUCUUGAUCGACGAGUCGACCCAGUCUGCAGAGCCCGAGUGCAUGAUUCCUCUGGUCCUGGGAUGCAAGCAAGUUGUGUUGGUCGGCGAUCACAAACAAUUGGGCCCCGUCAUCAUGAACAAGAAGGCUGCCAAGGCCGGACUUAACCAGUCUCUUUUCGAACGUCUUGUGAGACUUGGCUUCACGCCUAUCCGUCUCAACAUCCAGUACCGUAUGCACCCUUGUCUUUCGCAGUUCCCCUCCAACAUGUUUUACGAGGGCUCCCUGCAGAACGGCGUGUCUGCCCCGAGCAGGAUUCGCAAGGACGUGGACUUCCCCUGGCCGGUCGCAGAGAUGCCGAUGAUGAUGUGGUCGAACUUGGGCAAUGAGGAGAUCUCAGCUUCCGGCACAUCGUACCUCAACCGAACCGAGGCGUCGAACGUGGAAAAGGUUGUGACGCGCUUCUUUAAGGCGGGCGUCCGCCCAUCCGACAUUGGAGUUAUCACUCCGUACGAGGGUCAACGCAGUUACAUUGUGCAAACCAUGCAGAAUACCGGAACUUUCAAGAAAGAUGCCUACAAGGAGGUCGAGGUUGCAUCCGUCGAUGCGUUCCAGGGUCGUGAGAAGGACUUCAUUGUCUUGUCUUGCGUGCGGUCCAACGACAACCAGGGCAUCGGUUUCCUGUCAGACCCUCGUCGUCUCAAUGUCGGACUCACGCGUGCCAAGUAUGGUCUUGUCAUUAUCGGCAAUCCAAAGGUUCUGGCAAAACAUGAGCUGUGGCAUCACCUCCUUGUCCACUUCAAGGAGCAGAAGUGCUUGGUAGAGGGACCCCUGACCAACCUGCAGACCUCCCUCCUUCAGUUCAGCAAGCCCAAGAACACGUUCCGCCAGCGACCUCACCAGGCUUCGUACGGAUCCGGUUCCAGCGGCUUCGCCAACGGCCGUUCUGGGCCCGGCUUCAAUGGGCCUUCCUCUGUGCAGGACUUUGACUCUGGCUCGAUGAUGUCUUUCAUCCCCGACGAUGUUUCGAGCAUCCACAGCUCUACCUUGGGAGGCGCCGGCCUCGGUAACACCGCAUUCCCGCAGAUGUUCUCGUCCUUCAACCCCGAGCAAUGGCCUGGUCUUCCUGGAUUCAACGCUUCGAGCAGCCGGAUCGGAGGUAAGAGAGGCGGUCGCGGCACCGAGAGCAUUGCUGGCGAAAGCGUUGCCACCUCUGAGUACACUGAUGCCAGUGCCAGCGUGAUUGGUGCCAAGGGUGUUGGCCAGGGCGGCGUUAGUCUGGGCUCUGGUCUUCAGGACGCACUUCGGGCCCGGCCUACCUCCUUCACUCAUUCUGAUCGCCUCAAGCAGUACGUUGAGAACUCCGGCCGACCCGGUUACUCCAACGGCUACGGACGUCGCUACGAUGAUGACGAGAAGUCCAUCAGUACUGCCUUCGCAAGCCAGAUUGGCGGUGGAUUUGAUUGA